CUUCAGAUAAUCGGGAAGAAUUCAGCAAACAAGUUGUCGACACAGUUGAUCGUAACUUUUAUGUAGAUGACUGUCUCAAGUCUUUACCAGAAAGGAAAGAAGCAAUGAAGUUGGUAGACGAACUACCAGUUUUGCUGUCUCGCGGUGGAUUCCAUCUCACAAAGUGGGUGUCAAAUGAUCGAGAAGUCUUAUCUCACGUACCUAACAAAGAAAGAGCGCCAUGCGUCAGCCUUCAGUUGGAGAAGUUGCCGAUGGAGAAAGCAUUGGGCGUUCAGUGGAAUACGGAAAGGGACACGUUGGGAUUCCGGGGAAGCAAAUUGAAAGCAGAGUCAAGAAGAGGGAUUCUAUCGUUCAUAGCUUCGGUCUACGAUCCCCUUGGUCUAGUCGCUCCUGUCGUUUUACCAGCCAAACGCAUAAUGCAAAACCUGUGUCGAGUAAAUCACGGCUGGGACGAAGAUCUCCCAAUCGAGACAAGCGAAAUAUGGCAUGAUUGGCAAAACGAAUUCCAUUCCCUUGUGAAAUUAGAAAUACCUCGAUGCUAUAAACCGCACGAAUUUAACAAGACAAGGAAUGCGGAACUCCACUAUUUUGCUGACGCAUCGACUGAAGGAUAUGGGGUAGCAACGUACCUUCGGCUGGAAGAUACCCAAGGAAGGAUUCAUUGUACCUUAGUUAUGGGCAAAUCAAGAGUUGCACCUCUUAAAACAGUCACGGUACCCAGAUUGGAACUAACCGCUGCAACAUUGGCCGUGAAGCUGAAUAAACAAAUUUGUGAUGAGUUGGAUCUGUCAAUAAGUCAAAUUGUUUUCUGGAGCGAUUCAAUGAUAGUGCUGCGUUACAUUAAGAGCGAGAACAAAAGGUUUCAAACCUUUGUAGCGAAUCGAUUACAAGUUAUUCACGAUGCUUCUACUCCGAAUCAAUGGAGACAUGUGCCAACCAAGCUCAACCCAGCCGACCUUGCAUCAAGAGGUAUAAGUCUUGGUCGCGCAACAGGCCAAGACCAACGGGACUUGCAGUUUUGGUUGAACGGACCCGAUUUCCUUUGGAAAGAUCCCAAAUUAUGGCCAACGCAGCUAGAUGACAUACCAGACGUAGAAGACACAGAUGUGGAAGUAAAGAAACCUAAAGCAAGAGUUGGUGCCGUCAUCAACUCAAAGGAUGCACCUGAUUCGCUAAUACAACUUAUCCAUCGAACAUCCGAAUGGUACAGAUUGCAGAAGUCGGUUGCAUGGCUGCUAAGAUUCAAACAGUACAUCUUAAGCCGUUAUCCAAACGGUCCAGGAUUAGAAGUACAACGUGGUCCUCUAAAGGUAAAAGAGAUUGAAUCGGCAACCCAGGAAAUAAUUAAACUUACCCAACGAAGUUCAUCUAUCAACGAGAAAACUAUGAGAGAGAGAUACGCCAAACUAUGUCCAGUCAUCGCCGGAGGAAUUGUGAGAGUUGGUGGACGUUUGGAUAAAUCAUCGCUGCCGGAAGAAUCUAAACAUCCCGCAAUUCUUGAUUCCAGUCAUCACGUUACAAAGCUCAUUGUCCGGUAUUACCAUGCAAAGGAAGGUCACGCUGGAACCAGUCAAACUCUAGCAGCAAUACGGCAACGCUUCUGGAUAAUAAAGGGACCUAGCACUGUGAAGAGUAUAGUCAAUAAUUGUGUUCCGUGUCGUCGCCGAAACCAGUCUCCAGGGAAGCAGAUAAUGGCCCCACUGCCAAAGCUCGUGUGA